AUGAAGGUGAAUGAUCUGACCCUGAUUUGCCGUGCCCACCAACUGGUGCAAGAGGGAUACAAAUACAUGUUUGAGAAGGAAUCGCUAGUCACUGUGUGGUCUGCCCCAAACUAUUGCUAUCGUUGUGGAAACGUUGCGUCUAUACUAAAAUACGGGAGUGAUGGCAGUCGUGAAUACAAACUGUUCAAUGCCGUUCCGGACGAUCAACGUACG